AUGCCAAAGGCGGAGUUUGAAAUAAACUGGACCGAGAAUGACCCCCAAAAUCCACGGAACUGGUUCUUACCAUACAAAUUCUACGUCAUCUUCGCAAUGGGCUACGGUGCAACAGUCGUUAGCCUCUUCAGCACAUCCUACUCAGUCAGCAUCCCCGGUCUACAAGACGACUUCCACAUCUCCAAGAUCACCGGACUCCUAGGCAUAACAACAUACCUGCUGGGCAUGGCCGUAGGAAGUGUAUUCCUAGCACCCUUGAGCGAGACACUCGGCCGCCGCCCAGUCUACCUCUUAUCCGCGGGACUCUUUACGAUCUUCGUGCUACCGUGUGCUCUGGCUAAGAAUAUCGAGACGAUUCUGAUCUCGCGCUUCUUUGCUUGUUUCUUUGGCAGUGCUCUGGUGUCGAACUCUCCUGGUUCUGUUAACGAUAUUGUUCGGGAGCAUCAUCGGGCACUGGCGUUGGGGUUCUGGUCCAUUGGUCCUAUAAAUGGACCUGUGCUUGGGCCGAUUAUUGGGGGGUUUGUGUUUGAGUAUCUUGGGUGGAGGUGGACUAAUUGGUUGAUUAUGAUGAUGGGGGGUUUGGCUUUGGUUUUGGUGGGCUCUGUUGAGGAGACAUAUGCGCCGGAAACGGGGAAUUUCAAGUGGUGGAGCUCUCAUGAUACUCACCUACCGUUCCUGUCAUUUCUCAGGACCAACAUCAGCCGUCCUUUCAUCAUGCUCCUUACGGAGCCUAUUUGUAUCUUCUGGGACUGGUACGUUGCCAUCGUAUACGGCAUCCUAUACCUCUGCUUCGUGGCCUACCCCAUCGCCUUCCAAACCAACCGAGGAUGGUCCCCCGGCAUAGGCGGCCUCGCAUACCUCGGAAUAGGCUGCGGUACACUAACAAUAAUCACCCUUGAGCCCCUCCUCCGCAAAUGGAUAAACACCCACCCCAAAGACCCAUCAACCAGCAAAGUCCCACCCGAAGCAAUGGUCCGAGUAACCUGCGUCGGAGCCAUCGUGCUAGCCGUUGGCGAGAUAUGGUUCGCCUGGACAUCCACACCCAAUGUACACUGGGUCGUGCCCAUUCUUGCGGGGAUACCUUUUGGCGCGGGUAAUGCGGCGGUUUUUAUCUAUAGUAAUAAUUAUCUGGCGCAUUCGUAUGGGGUUUAUUCUGCGUCUGCGCUGGCGGGGAAUACGGUUCUUAGGAGUGUUAUGGGGGCUGUUUUGCCGCUUGCUGGGCCAGUGAUGUAUGAGAGGUUGGGGUUGGAGUGGGCGAGUUUUAUGCUGGGGAUGGCUGAGGCGGUUUGUGUUGUGAUUCCUUUUGUGUUUUUGUUUUAUGGGCAUCAGAUUAGGGAGAGGAGUACGAUGAUUCGGAAGAUGCAGGAAGGGAAGGGGUCUUAAUUUGAAACAACAUAGACUGGUGGCAAUAGCGCAUACAUUGAAC